ACUCUCCAUCGGGAACGUUUACCAGUCCACAUUACCCAGCUAACUACCAUAAGAAUAUGAACUGCGAGUACCUUGUUUCGACCACGGAUGAAAAUAAAGUAAUGCAACUGUCCUUUGAAGUUUUCGAUAUCGAGUCCGAUCGCCUCUGUGGCCAAGAUUCGCUCACGGUAUAUGAUGGAACAAGCACGAGCGAUCCUCGGCUAGCGAUUUUGUGUCGUGACACGAUUCCUGAGAGCUUGCUGAGCACUGGCAGGAGCUUGUUCCUCGUCUUCAAAAGUGAUCACUAUGGUAGUGGACAGGGCUUUUCUGCAUCAUACCAAGCUGUGGAGAGCGGAGGAGGGUACUAAGCAAGGAAGGAUCACAGCAAGAGUUAAAACUAACCUUAAUAUUUGAAAACAUCUAUCAUCAGAAAAAAAUGUUACAAUUGAUUGAGUACAAUACCUUGAUUCUUUAACGUCAGAGGUUCCAAAUAGCCGACAUUUGUAGGCGGAGGCGAUUGAAACAUAUUCUAUGUUUUUGAGGUUUUAUGAUGCACAGUUAAUUUGUGCAAUCAUUUAGCACAACAAAUAAACAUACAGUUCUAUAAUCAAUUAUGGGCAUAUUUUAAGAUUUCCAAGCCUCGACAUUGAGAAUUUGUUGAGAUAUAGCGUAAAAAGUAUACCAUUUUAUUGGCAGUUUCAAAUAAACCCAUUUUUAUGAAUUUACUGCAUUUUUUCGCUAACAGUAUCAAAUAUUGAAAUAUUCCGCUACAGAUUCCUCACAAAAACUGUAUAAUUAUGAAUGUCAGGAUACACACAACUUUAUGUUGCCAAGCCCGAGGGUGUUAUGUAUGCUUAAAAAUUUAUCUACUUUUAUUUUCCCGCUUUCUUUAGCAUAAUAUUAUAAGAUAUUCCGGUCAUAUGAAUAGUGAAUGAGCUUAAAAGAGUUAUAGAAUAGUAUAAGAAUCAUCAUUACGCAUAAAGAUGAAUAUUAUCAUUUUGCUUUAAAACACGCAUAAUCACUGGAUUAAAAUUAAAGACGCAUAUUCA